GCGGCAUUUCAGCAGUGAGAUUUACACCAGAAAUGACUGGAUUUGUAGGUGCAACAGGAAGAAUGCCCUUUUCUGCUUUCCUUGCAUACUUUUCGGCGGUAUGCGUUACAGAUUUAGUGCACCUGUGUGAAAAAAUUAAGAAGCAUGAAAACUCUAAAACACAUCUUCAUAAUUCGAUGGAAUUGGCUUUAUUGGGGACUGUUAACAUCAGAGCUCAGUUAGAUUCAGCAUAUUGGAGAAAUAUACAACAGCAUAAUGAUACCGUUAUAAAAAACAGUGGUCUGCAAGAGGAAACGUUACAAACACAAAAAACAAAUACAGGCAGGAGGCCACCGCUUUGUCAGCGUGUACCUGAAUGGGGUUGCGCUUUUCUGCAAACCGAAGACCGCAAAUGCAGCGCCUACUCAGACUACGGAGUGAGCAAAGGGACAAUAUGUCAAGGGGGUCUUAUUUCUGUUUUGAUGGGUAUCUUGAAUUGGGAGCUGUACAAUUGGUGCAAAGAGACAACACAAUUCUGGUACACUGUUAGGUACACCAGCAGCAUCGAGAGCAGCAUCGAGAGCAGCAUCAUUGAGAGCAGCUGCAUCAGGAGCACACAUCCCAUCGUGCCUUAUACUACUAAAAAGUGCCUUGCUGAGAAAUUUAACGUCUUGAGAAAGUCUUACCAUCAAUUUUUUUUCCUGCGAGUGGCUUUACUGCACGUAGUGUGUAAACUAAAGUAUGGAAUAACUCCGUUAUCUCAGACCUCUGUCCACACCCCUGAUAUUCUAUCCUUUAAAUUAGAUGAACCGUUCAUUAGGGUGAAAGGCAGAUUGCUGUGA